AUGGGUGUUAAGUCCCUCUGGGAACUCCUGGAGCCCGUCGGCCGCCCCACACCUCUAGAGACGCUUGAAUCCAAACGUCUUGCAAUUGACUCGUCCAUCUGGCUUUAUCAGUUUCAAGCGACGAUGCGUGAUCGCUCCUCCGGACGCGUCCUCGUAAACGCGCAUGUUCUUGGUUUCCUGCGCCGCAUCAGCAAGCUGCUAUUUUUCGGCAUCAAACCUGUGUUUGUCUUCGACGGUGGUGCACCCGAGCUCAAGCGGAAGACAAUUGGGAAUCGCAAGCACAAGAAAGAAGGUGCACGUCUCAGUGCUAAGGAGGUGGCGGAGCGACUGCUUGCCGCGCAACUGCGAAAGGAAGCUGUGGAAGCCGCGGCGGGCGGCAAGGGCAAGGGCGCCGAGAGGCCGGCGCGAGUGGACGAUGAUACAGUCUAUCUCGAGGACCUGACCGGUCCGUCAGCGGGUCUUCCUCUCCCGCCAGCCACUCCAUCAAGGUCCCCUUCCAAGCCCACGGAGCAGCCGAAGAGCAAUGACAAGAAGGCUCAGUGGCGUGAUCACGACCUCUAUCGUUUACCAGAAGUUGACCUCGCCGCGUGGAUCUCAGCUCGCACAUCAACCGCCGUACCCGACCCUCGGUUGGCAACAGAGGAUGAACUUCGUGACUUCAUGGAAGCCUUAGACCCCGAUAGUCUCGACGUCUCGUCACCGGCUUUCCGUGAACUACCUACCGAGGUCCAAUACGAGAUCAUAGGCGACUUGCGCCUGAAGUCGCGCCAGACCAGCCAUAAGCGUCUGCAGGGCAUGCUGAAAGCUUCUCGUACCCCACUCGAUUUCAGCAAAGAGCAAAUUCGCGGCCUGAAGCAGCGCAACGAGCUGACACAACAGCUGCUCGUAACGACGGAUACAAUAGGGCAAGCGCACGUCCACAUUCCCGUGCGAAUUGCGAGCGAGCGUAAUCGGGAGUACGUUCUUGUUCGCAGUGAAGGAGCCGAGGGUGGCUGGGUGCUGGGGGUCCGCGACGGUCCUGGUUAUGCGGCGGAUAAGCCGAUCGUGAUCGACGAUGCAGACGUGAAACCCCAUGCGAGAGAUGGGGCAGUCGAUAGAGAAGAGGUUGCGAUACCAGGUGCGGGCGCUGCGAUGGACCCAGAUUUGCGCUCGUUUCAGCAGAGUAUGGCUCUCGCGGGCAUAGGCAAACGACAACAGAACCCGUCCUACUCAAAGGUCGCCACGGCACCUGUACCUCGACGCUCAACAUCUUCUGUACCGCCAUCGAAGAAGCCCACGGCUCAGUCUGCCUCAGCGUCGUCCUCAAAGCAGAAGAUACCCUUGUUCGAGUUAUCUGACUCCGAACAGGAGGAUGACGACGCGCUGCCUACACCGUUGUCGCAUCCUCAUGACCUUGGAGAGGACGAGGACGAGGAUCCCGAGCUAGCGACGGCGUUGCAAAUGUCUCUGGACGACGCUGUUACUACACGGAGGUCGAAUCUACGAGCCCAACUGGAAGGCAACAGCGUGAUAGAACAUGACGAGGAAGACGAUGACGAUGAUGACAUGGAGGAGGUAUUUGUACCUAAUCGUCUGGCGACAGCGCUGGCGAUAGCAAAUGCUGGCCCCUUCCAAUCACCUCUCAAACGACCUUCAGCAUCGCCAGUCAAACGGCCGUCGGGCGCUCCGCUAAAAACACCAUCGAGUUCAAGGACCGUGAGCGGGACGAGAAGAGUCUCCGGUGAAGGCACGAUGCGUACGCCACCCAGUGCGAUUCCUGACACCCCUUCCAGAAAGAAAUCGGCUUCAUUCCCGUUUCCGCCUCCACCAUCUACACCAAGCUCUUCAACUCUCCCGCCCUUUCUUAAGACCGCGGAUUCGCUACCCACAGGCCGUACGCAACCUCCUUCAAGUUCAGCAAUCGCGGAAGAGGACCACGGUCUCGGCGCGUCAACGCUGUUCGCCGGCAGACUCAGUACAGCGUUCUCAUCUUCGGCACCUGCGCCUCUUCCCUCCAUUCCCAGUACAUCGGCCCCGCCCUCCGUCAAAACCGACGACGAAGACGAAGAUAUGGACAUGGAAGAGGUCGUCGUUCCCGUGACAAACAAAGAUGCACCCGGACAACCGCUUCCCGUACCGGAUGAGGGAUCGGAUAAUGAUCUGUACGCCGACGCCGUGCCGCCUUCCAUUGCAGCACCAGGCGCUUCUGUAGAAGAGGCCUACACCUCCACUUUGGCUGAGCAUAUUCGCAGCGCGUCGAACAUGGCUGCUUCUGAGGCUUUGGUGUCACUUGAUCAGGACGAAGUGGAGGAGGACAUGGAAGAAGUCCCUGUCCCCGCCUCUACACCUACACGGGUUUCUUCUCCCAGACGUGCCUACGAACAAGAGAACGCCGAAGCCGGCCCUUCACGUCGUUCACCCUCACCCGCCCGUGCGCCUUCUCCGACGCUGUCUGAAGACUCAGACGUCAUACCUGGCUGGUCGCGGUCGCCUUCCCCAUCCGCGCGCGAAGCCGGCAAACCAGCCAAAGAGGAUCACUUCGAUGCAGCUGCGGAGAUGGACCCACGCGCAGAGGAGGGCGGCUUUGCUGACUUUCUCGCCACUAUUAAAGGACGCGAUUUGGCCACUGUCCGCGCAGAAAUCGACGAGGAGAUCAAGGAGCUGCGUGGACAGCGUAAGAAUGCUCUGCGAGAUUCAGAAGACGUCGGCGGUCAGAACAUGGUGGCUCAGAUCAUGGUCAUGCUCAGACUCUUCGGUAUACCCUAUAUCACGGCACCAAUGGAGGCCGAGGCUCAGUGCGCCGAGCUCGCACGUCUGGGGUUGGUGGACGGGAUCAUCACGGAUGAUAGCGAUGUGUUCUUGUUUGGCGCGAACAGGGUGUACAAGAAUAUGUUCAAUCAGAGCAAGACCGUUCGCGUCUUUCUCCAGAGUGAUCUGGAGCGUGAGCUGGCACUCGACCGUGAUGCGCUCAUCCGCCUCGCAUACCUACUGGGCAGCGACUACACCGAGGGCUUACAAGGUGUAGGACCCGUUGUGGCUAUGGAACUGCUGAGAGAGUUCCCGGGGUCGGAUGGGUUGUGGCGCUUCAGGGAGUGGUGGUCGCGUGUUCAGAGUGGUAAGGAUACCGAGGAAGAAAGUGGCACACCGUUUAGGCGACGCUUUAAGAAACGCUUCAAGAAGCUAUACCUCUCACCGGAUUGGCCCCCGACUAAUGUCCGUGAUGCGUACUUGCACCCGAAUGUCGACGACUCCGAAGAACCAUUCAAAUGGGGUGUGCCCGAUCUCGCCGGCCUCCGUACUCUUCUCUCGUCUGAGCUCGGAUGGUCCGAGUCCAAGAUCGACGACUUGCUCCUACCUAUCAUCCAGAAGAUGAGCCGACGCGAAGCGGAGACUAAGGCCAAUCGUCAGGGUAACCUGGGCGAUUGGAUGGAUGUGCAGGGUGAGGGUGCUACGACGCGCAGGGCAGAGAAGUACAAGAGCAAGCGUUUGAUGGACGUCGUGAAUGCUUGGCGCAAGGACCGUCGUGGCAAGAGUGUGACUCCGCUUGGAGGAGAGGAGGAGGAGGAGCUUGCGCCCAAGAAGUCUAAGGCCAAGAAGAAGACCGCCGCAUCCUCUUCCCAAGAUUCCACUGUGGAAGGGCGCGGGAAUGGACGUGGUGGUCGAGGUCGAGGGCGCGGUCGUGGCCGGGGACGAGGUCAAAGGGCAGGCGCUAGGGGUGGCAAGCGCAAGCGUGCAGAUGUUAGCGAGGAGAGUGCGAGUGGUAGCGAGUUCGAGCCAGAUGCAGAACCUGUGGAGGCACCUCAGCGCCCGAGGCCGAAGCCCAGAGCCGUCAGGCGGAAGGUCGCACAAUCAGUGGAGGACGAGGCACCUGGAGACGGCGCCACCAGUAACGCUGGCGAGGCAGAAGCGGCGGGCUAA